CGCCAGGAUCCGAUGGUUUACCAACAUUACAAAUAUGGCGACGCGUCCCUAGUUCCCGUGAACGUGAGAUUGAUUUUGAUGGUCAGUGCACCAAACAUGGCAUGCAGAUGAGAAGAAAGGGAACUUUGAGAAUCUAGUAGCAACUACAGUCUUCAAAUCCUAACAGAAGAGGAAUAAUGGAUGCGAGGGUGCGGGACCCAGGAUUGAUGACCUUAUCACCUGUGAGUUACGAGGUGGAGUCAAACAAUGGUUUUGGUUCCAAUGCCAAUUUGGAUACAAGUUUUGAGCUGAUGUCUGCUAGCCAGUUACGGAAUCAACUAAGAAGAGAGCAAGGUAAGAGAAGAGAGAAGGAAGCAGAGAUAGAUGUAUUGAAAAGAACGACCGGAUCAAGUCUUUACGGAGGGAGCUCCACUCCCAAGUCUUCCUCUCCCAUCCACAGCAGAGCCUAUGGGGAUCAUGUAGCCAGUAAUAGCCAAGAUUCAGAUUCAGGAAUAAGCCAUGGUGGGUCGCGGAAAUCCCCCUACCAUCAUCUGACCCCGCCCCAGCAAUCCAGCUCCCUCCCCCAAGUCUCCAACCACACUGCCUACGGGAGCCACUCCUCCUCGGCUGCACCGGUCAUGCCACGCACCGGCAGGUCAUCCCCCUUCAUCUCCUCUGGCUACGACAGCAUGAGAGGAGGGGGAGGGGUGCUACCACCAGGGGGUAAUGCCUCCAAUGGGGGCGGGGCGGAGUACUGGAAUACGUCUCCAUCGUCCAUGAAGAACAUGAAGGAUGCUAUGUAUGAGAGUGAGCAGAGGAGACUGGCAUUGGUGGAGAAGCUGAGGGAAGCUCACGAUACGUUACAGAAUCAAACAGAGAAGCUGUGUAAUAGUGAAGGGAUGCUGGAUGAUACACACCAUACCUUAGCAAAUCUAUCUUCUACAAAUGAGGCUCUUCAAAAGAGGUUAGUUGACGUCCAGAAAGAGCGAGACGGUUCCGUGACGGACAAGAUGGAUUCGUUUCGACAGCAAGGCUUUCUCCAGCAAAGGGUCGGUGAUCUGGAGCGGGAACUGAAGAGCUUACGGGCCGCUCACUCUUCUCUCCAGGCUGAAAACCGGAAACGAGAUACGCUCGUAGAUCAGACGUCUCGGGCGAUGAGUCUCCUGGAUGAAGAAAACAGGACAUUUCAACAGACCAAAGACACGAUGUUCAAGGAAGCGCUGGCCUUGAAGGAGUCCAUCAUGAUUGCUAAGGCUAAGAAUGACAAACUGGAAGCUGAAGUGAUAGAACUAGAAAAGCUCAAUGAGAGUCGUGAAAUGCUUGCAGCCCGAAACACAGAGCUGAACGCCUUUCUGAUGGAUGAGAGACGACAAGUCGCUGAACUCAUGCACCAUGUGGAGCUGCUCAAAGGAGACUUCAUGAGAGCUAGUGAGGAGCGAGAUGUGUUCCAGAGUAGAGCCAUUGACCUGGAGGAUAAGUGCUCUGACCUGAACGCUCGAUGUGUCAGCUCAUCGACCUCCAAGGAGAGACUGAUGCAAGAGAAGUUAGACCUCCAGCAAGCCCUCAAUCAGACUAUGUAUGAGAAAGAAGAAAUCAUCAAGAUCAAACAAGAAAUUGAUAGCCAGCUGACCCAGGCCCAGCUGUCGGUCACUCAGCACAAGCUUAUGGUGGACCGGAAAGAAGAAGAAUUAGACAAAUUAGAAGAGGAACUCAAUGCCACCAAAAAGGUUAGCGAGGUGUUAUCAACGGAGCUUUCACUGGUGAAGAACAGUCAGGAGAGACUACAGGAGGAAUUCAAACAGCAGAAUGCUGACAAGAGAGCUGUCACUCAGCAACAAGCUUACUGGGAAGGCGAGGCAAGAAGGAUAGCGGGGGAAAGAGAUAUCCUUACUAAGGCCAUGGAACAAUUGAAAUCAGAUUUCAUGAAAGAGAAGGAGCAGUUUGAAGAACAGAUCCAGUCCCACAGGGAGAGUACCAGGGAGGCCAGGAGUGAGAAGACCAAGUCUUCUGCUAGGGUCCAGGAACUAGAAACCAUGCUACACAGAGCGAAUGAAGAUCUGAAGGAAGCAACCAUAAAGCAGCAGGAGGAGACGGAGGAAUGGAAGGGCUCCUGUGAUAGGCUGUCUAGCAGUCUGGCUCGCAAGGAGAGCGAAUCAGCAGUCCUGAAAGAAAAACUCAAGGAGGCUAAUGAGCAGAUGUCUGACCUUCGAGCCCAGACCCAGUCCCUGGAGAACUCUGUGGAGGAGCUGAGUCGUUUCAAGGAGACGGCCAACGAGCUGGAGGAGGAGAACAAGAGACUUGCCCAGGAGCACGGAGAGGACCAGCAGGUUAUCCAACUCCUCGAGAUGCAGAAGAAUAUCCUAUCUAAAAACCAGACUACUGGAGUACCUAAACAGGCAGCGGAGAAGCUUCAGGCUGAAAUAGAUCAUCUGAAAGCAGAACUUGGAUUGUCAGAGGACAAGAUAACGGAGUUGAAGGAGGAGCUAUAUCGCGAGAGAACGCCAGGUGGCUAUCGGUCAGCGAAUCGGUCAGCGAGGGCCACACCUGUAGCCUUUGACCGGAGCAGUGACCAGGAUGAUCAUAUCAAGAACCUGAAGGAGAUGAACAAACUCCUGCAAGAGAAGAUUAGCAAGCUUGAGGCCAGCACCCUCCAGCUCUCGCUCCGUGCCAAGUUUGCCGAUGACACGGAGGUCAGGAGUCGUGACCUUGACGAGCAGGUCAGGUCAAUGAAUGACCUCAACCAGAUGCUGGGAGAGAAAGUGAGCAGGCUUGAGAAGGAUAAGGCUGAACUGAUGAUCAGGACGCCCAAGGAGGAUUGGGUGCCUAAGUUCGACUAUGACACGAUUGAGAAGGAUAAGAUCAAACUGGAAGCAGACUAUGAGAUCUUGAAGGCUGAGUAUGCUGAGCUUGAGGCCAGACAUCAGAAGUUCCUUCAGGACCAUCUCUCCAGGACUCUAGACUCCUCAGGUCUAGGACUAUCCCUCAGCAACCUGGAUAGGAGAGAUGAUCUGGGUGAGCUACGCAAGCUUCGUCAGGACAACAGCUCACUGGAGAGACAGGUUGAGGUGCUACGGGGUCAGAGCCACCUGACUGAGAACGGCAAGAAGAGGGCAGAGGAUCGUUUACUUCCCAAUACACCUCAGAACAGUCAGAUAGAGGGUGAACUGAUGGAACUUCAAGGAAAAAUGUCAAAUGAAAGGGAGCAUAACCGGUACAUCGCUGACCUGGAGAUUGAGACCCUUCUGCGUGCCCAGCUGGACGAACACAAGCAGAUCAUCAAACAGCUCCAGACGGAGGUUGCUACCAAGAACGUUGCUCUGGAAAAUGUUACCUUCGGUAUGGAAGACAGGAUGGUUGAUAAGGCUCGUGAGAUGGAGAGGGUCAUCAAGGAGAGGGAUGAGCAUAGUGAUGCAAGGAGGAGGCUGGAGCAAGAGAAACUGGUUCUAGAAAUUAAGAUCAAGGAACAGAAGAUGCUCUUGGAGCAGCUGAGAGACGAGAAACCAAGAUUAUUGCAGGAGAGGCAAGGUGAGAUUAGCAGUCUCCAGGAGCAACUCAUGAGCGCCAACAAGAACGUCAGGAAAAUGGAAAAUGAUGUCCGAAAUCUUGAGGAGCAACUGUCAGACAAGGAUCACCAGCUGCGUAGGUUCCAGCUGAGUCAGUCCUCAGAGAUCGAGGGUAUGCAUGAGGAGGCUACCAAGCAGAUCAAGGAGCUACAGCUCCAGCUCAUGAAGAAGGAGAAUGAAGGAUCUGAGAUGAGGCAGGAGCUGAACAGGAGGGAGGAUGAAAUGAGACAGGUUCUCCAGGGAAAGACCAAGCAGGAGCUGGAACUGGAUCAGAUCCGUGGUGAAGCUGGAAGAACAGUAGAACAUCUGACAAGCAUCGUUGAGAAGCAGGAAGGUGAGAUCAUUCGACUGAGGAGUCAAGUAGAAGAUAAGAUGGAGGAGCUAAGAAGAUUCAGAACAGCACAGGAGAACGACAUGGAAUCACUAAAGCAGACGCUAUCAGACACCAACAAGAAGUAUGCCAGAUUGCGGGAUGAGAAGGAGAUGAAUGAGACUGAACUCCAACAGAGCGUUACGAGACAGCUCCAAGAACUAAGGAGAGAGAUGGACAGGAAAGAACAACUCAUCAAGAACAUGACCGAUGAGCUGGAACAAGAGAGGAUUCAGAAGCCAAAAUUAAAAGAGGCGAUGAAUGAGGUAGAACACGAGCUGACGAGUGUCAGGGCGGAGCUAGCUAAGGUCAACGGCACCAUCAAGAUCAAAGAGACUCAGAUCCAAGACCAAGAUAACCAGCUCAGGGACGCUCAUGAGAAGCAUGACAACUUGAUGAGAGAAAAGAUGGAACUAAAAAGAAAAGUGGAAUCAGAACAAGAUAAUUCAAAUGAUGAGUUGAGAGAGUUGAGGAACAAACUGGAUUUCCAGAAGAAUGAACUGACUAUCCUACAAGAUAUGAACAGAGCCAUGGAAGGAAAGUCUGAGGAUGGCAAUUUGAAAGUAAAGAGGUAUGAGGAUAAAGCCAAAGGUUUUCAGGAAGAGAUUGGUAACCUGAACAGACUGGUGAACAACCUUCAGAACAGAAACAAGCGAUUGGAAGAAAGCAAAGAUAAUCUGAUGAAGGAUAUGGACUCGCUCCGGGAUGAGAAAUCCAAGUGCUCCAAGUGUGGUCGUCUGGAGAGCCAGUACCAGGAGGUGCUGACUGAGAAGGAGAACCUGGAGGAGGAUAACGAGGAGCUUCACAAGGAGGUGGAAAACCUCAACAAUCUGCUAACCCUCAAACAGAGAGACAGUGCCAAGGAGAGUCUAAAGGUAAAAGAGUCACCCUUAAAGAGAACUCCAAACUCUACCCUCUCCCUGGAACGCUCUCAGACCUCCAGCAGGGCGUCGCCCAUCUCUUCGACCACGCCCUCACCCAGACCUGGCUCCGGCAGAGCGGCCACACCCCAGCAGCUUGCCGCUGCUCUCAAGAGGCUUUCAGUCAAGCAAAGCCCGCAGGGAGGGGCAGCAGCAGGAGGAGGGGGCGAGGACAAACUAGCGCUGUCCCCGGAACCUAGGGAACGUAAAGGCCUCAAGGACCUGGGGAAGGCCAGUGGCUAUGAGGAUAGGAGGAAGUCACUCAACAGCAUGGAGUCUAGGCUACAAGCACUCAGGAGCUCACAGGAUAAGACCAUCAAGGAUAUGAAGAAACCAGCUGUGAAACCAGAUUUGAAUUCGACAGGAGGAGAUGGAGGAAAGAAGCAAGCUAGAUUUGUCUUGCCAUCAAGUAAAAAGUUUGAAAAAACCCUUGGCUCCACAGGAGGCUCAUCUAGAUCAAAACUGAACAGCACAAGGCCUCCAAUGGAUGAUAAUGAAGUGUAAAAAUUGUAAAGUAUUCUUGUUAUGUGUUUUUUUCAAAAUCCAUCAAUUUUUCUAAUACAUUCAUACCAGCUCAUGUGAAUAAUGAUAAUAAUUGAUUAUUAUAUAAAAGUGCUUUAAUACACACCCACGUUGUACACAUAACUACCCAAAUCACACGUCAUUGUGUAUAUUUUGUUGGGUUGAUGUUUUUUUAACUAACAAUAUCAUAAGCUACAGGUACGGCAGAGUGGUGUUAAAACUAUGCUAAAUAAAGAAUCGAAGAGCUGUUAACAGAUUGCCAAGAAUUUUGAUACGAGUUAAGAUUGUACAUGCAGCAUGAUAUAUAUACAGUAUGUAGUGCCAUCUGAACAAUAUACACACAGCUCCAUGUAUGUAAAUUAUUCAUGAUCAAAUACAAGAGUGGCUUUUACAGCAGUAAUUGCACAUACUAAUACCCAAGUCACAAUGAUGGGACUGACGCCAGACUGACAAUAGACCAAACAAAAAAAUACUUUACCCGAAUGGCUAAGAGUCAUUAGGUCUGGAGUUGGUGUUGUGCCUAGGGUUUAAAAGAAGCAUGAAUCAGAAAAAGUUUGGCAAUGGAUUUAAAUCAAGCAGUGUGGCUUGCAAGUAUGUGUACUCAUUUAUAGUGAUUCCUCAUUUUUUUAAAUGAUGAGAUUAUUUUUAACCAAUGUGGAAAUCUGCUUUGAAACUGAAUGAUGUAAGUACUCAUGAUAGUGACAUACAAUUAUGUUCUCAACAUCAUUCCGGUGUUAUCAUUCUUGUGUUAGAACUCAUUCAGUUCAUGAAUAUAUAUAAGCCUUGAAUCCCUUACUCAAGCAUAAAGCAUGAUACAAAUAUUAUGUUUGAUUAUAGUGCUUGUUUGGUUAUCGCUGAAAAUCAAACUAUAGAAUUAAAAUAAUUAGGCACAUGAAUUCAAUAUUAUAAAGAAAUAUCUGAUAAUUCAAGAAUUUCAGGACAAUAUUUCAAUAUUUUUUUAUAAUAGAGAUUUUUAACAUCUGUAUCCCCCCAUAGUGAAGUCAAGUUCUAGCGAUUUCCAAGAGCAUACAACAUACAGGUUACAAAAUUGUUAUCACAAGCCGAGUGUUUGCAAAGAGUACUAAUUUAAUUUGAUCAUACUGCAUACUAAUACAUGUACAAUCAUUAUGGGUGCUGCUUGUGUGGAAAUGCAUAUUAUAUGCCUCAUUCUUCAAAAGGAGAAUGUAAUUCAUUUUUUAUACAAUUUACAUGUUUUUGUACCACAUACAUUAUGUCACAUUUUUGGAAUCCCCAAGAUUUGUCAUGGAUAUUCCAGUGCACAGUUGCAUUUUCUAACAUUUUGGGCACAUUCACAGAUUUGGUUCAGUAUAUACUUAAAAAAACAAAGAUACUCAUUUUUAUACAGUUUUUAUAUGACAUAUCAUUUUUUUAAUCAUCAAUGUUUUGUUGGGAUAACUUUUCAAUGGAAAUAAAAAUGUUGUUCCCUAACCAUUUUUGAACAUUCACUAAUAAUGCAAUCAAAGUUUUUAUAUGAAACUCAUUUUUAUAGUUUGUCAGGUUUUUUUUAUACCACAUUUAUCAGCUUUUGAAUUCCCAAUAUUAAAUCUAGAUAUGCAGCUGUAUUUAUAUCACUCAUUUUGUAAUAAUUUGUUUUAAUUGCAUUUGCUAACAGUUUGGUCACAUUCACAUACAGUGUUAUUGGAUUCAGAAUGACUAUGUUCUUUUUAUGUCACUGUGCACUGCUAUUGCAAGAUGGUAUUAAACCUGUAUGACAAAAAAUGCUUAUGGCAAAAGAAGACCACAUAUUGAGGUCUUAUGGAUGGGGAAAUUUAUUCACAAUGAGUAUUUGUUUUUUGUUUUUAAUCGCUGUAAGUGAUCGAUAAAAGUUUUUUUUUAAAGAGUGAUGAAUUUUUCAUAAAGCAGAAAAAUACAUAAUGCAGAAAUUUACACAAUGCAGAAAAAUGCAAAUUUAUUUUAUGCUCUUUAAAUUUGCACCUUUGAUUCAAAGCAUUUUUCUGUGUAUGGAUGUUUGUAUUAGUUUCUAGUUCAUGUUGACUGCCAUGUCCAUGUUCAUUACAUUUGUAUUUGCUGUUUCUCAAUCAAUGUUGGUUGAUUGUCUUUUGAAAUAUUUUCUUAUAUUGUUUUCUUUGUAUCAGUAGAGCCUAAAGAACAACAAAAGAUAAGAGACAAAAUUUAUGCAGAACAUUUAACUUGAGAGCAAAAAUUAUGCACAUUUUUUAUUAAACAGCCUUUUGCAACUUUCUACUAUGCAUUUUUUUUUCUCAGAAUCUCUCAGAAGAAAUGUGUACAGUAAAUUCAGAUUGUAUACAGAUGUAGCUCAUAAUGUGGACAUUCAUUAAAGGGGUGAACAAAUAUAUUUGUACUUUAUAUUGAAUGGCAAACUAAUAAUUAUGUAGCACAUACAAAUGGAUUUGUGAUUGAACAAAGAGAAGGCAUGCAGGCAUGUGUUUUUUUUGUUGAUAAAAUGUAAUAAUUUGAAUGUAUUGCCUGCUUUUGUUUAUAUACAGGAGUGAUCGUACAAAAAAAGUUGUAUUGUUUGCAAGCAUCAACAUUUUUUGCUUGAGGAUUUGAUUUGUUUUUAAAGAUUGUGUUUUUAUCCCUGUAAGAGCCAGUAUGAUGACAUAACCUUGCCAAAUACUUGUUCACUUGCAUUACAAGAAACGUUGUAAGCCGUCCUGUAUAGUAGUAAGAAUACAUGUAUACUUGAAGGUGUUAAGUUAAUAAAUCGACUCUUUAUCAUUGACAGAGUAUAUUAUGCAAAUGUAAUCAUUAAAAGAAAUAUUUAUGAGCUAGGUGUAUUCAUAUGAUAUUGGUCAGAAAAUAUAGGAAUUAGUCAAGAUACACUGUCAUCCUAGGAGAAUUGCACACAUGUAUAUAGCAUCAUAAUUUGUCAUUGCCCCCCCCCCCCCCCCCCCACUCAGUUUUGUUUUUAUUUGGGUUUUUUCCACCCAUCUGUCUGACUGUCGGCACAAUGAAAAUGACAUGGACAAAGGUCCAAGGUCAUUUACUACUGAGGUGAUACAGAUGGAAACAGCAUUGGAGGCAAAGUCAAAAUCCCCAAGUUUAAUUUGCUAAAUCUUCAUGCUCCAGUGCUCUCUUACUUUAUUUUUAUUCCUUAUUUCCUUCAAAAAAAAAAAUUAUUGAUUUUUCAUACAUGUAUCAUUGAUAUAGGUAAUCUGGAGGCUCCAGGUUUUACACAAAGUAUAUAUUGUAUUCAUUAUUUUGUAAUUUUAGGAAGAUUUUUGACAAAGUCCGUCACAGGACUCAAAUAGUUCUAAAUUUGAAACCAUUCUUUACAAAGCUUCUCCGUAAGUGUAGGAAUCUAAUAAAAUACAAUAAUGAUUUACCAUUUCAUUCAAUAGACUUGUCUCACCCUUGAUUUUCACAUUUGAAAUCCGUCCAAAUCAACUAAU